CCCCAUAACUGCACUGCAUAAUCCGUGUUUUCAUUUCGUGUGGGGCAAUGGAACAUCGCGACGAACCAGUGGAUCAAGGCCAGUGAUACUAUCGUUCGAAGAACUUCCUUCGUCUGCAGUGGAAAGCGUUCUGCAGCCAUUAAAAGUGCGCAACCGAUAGGAAGGAUCUGCAAAGCAGCUGCCAAAGCAGACCACUACCAGCAGUCAGGCAGACAGAUAGGCAGUUCUUUUUGUUGUUGGUCGAUUGGUAAUUGUCGAUCGGUGCUAGAGAAGGGCAGAGAGAAGGGCAACCUUUUCACCCUGUAGGGCCGUGGUUAUUACGUAUUAUUACAGUCUGCAUCGUGACGCCAGGCGGAGAGAAACUUACGACCGAAAAAGGACCCCGGGCAGUGCAUGAAAUAAGAGGAAAAAAUGUCUAAUGUGCGUGCGUGUUAAUCGUAUGCAAACGCAUGCAUACGAAGUGCAUCCAGUGCACGGUUCGUGUCGAAGAUGAUGUGCGCUGUUGCUGCUCGUAAGCGAUGCAAGGUGCAGUUCAAUGUGUAGCAUCGAAUGUGUGUGGUUCGCCUCCUCCCGGACCGACGUGUGAUACGCAUCAAGGGUUGCUUUGAUGAGGGCAGCCGAAUAAGCUGCUGGGACAUACACCGUGUCUGAAAGAUUGUUGGAAAGAAUGGAUCACUGCGGCUACCGUGGGUGCGGAAUCUCUUUGUUUGCAUACACCGCUUUUGUUUACAUUGCGAAGAGUUGAAAGGUGUACGAACGGUGCCGUGCCUUUGCCCGCCACGGAGAAUUCUCGGUCAAGAACGGACCGAGUACAACGCGAAGGUGUGAUCGUCGAGAGCUGCUGUUCGCUUCAAACAAAAGCGCCACUGCCUGCUUGAGCUAGAUUGCACCACAUAAAGCGCUGCAUCAAAGCUACCUUUUUUGUGCUACCGAUCUAAGAAGCCCUUUGAACAGCCCAGCACACACGCUACCAUGAUGGCCGAUUUCGACGCAAUCUACGAGGAGCAGGAGCUCUCGGAGGAAAACCUUGAGGAAGCGCACGUGCAGAUGGUUCCGGAUCCGAUUGUGAUCCGUGGGGCAGGCAAUAUGACAGUGUUUGGCUUAAGCAAUCGAUUCAACGUGCAAUUUCCAGCCGGUCUGGUAUCGCGCGUCGCACCGGAAGAGUUCAAAGCGACAGUGCUGCGGAUCAAUGCCGUGCUAAAAAAGACGCUACCCGUCAACGUGAAGUGGCUGUUCUGUGGCUGCGUUUGCUGCUGCUGCACAUUAGGAUGUUCUCUAUGGCCUGUGAUAUGUUUAAGUAAGAGGACGCAGCAUACGCUUAACAAACUGCUCGAGUGGGAAAACAGUCACCUUUAUCACAAGCUCGGACUGCACUGGCGCCUCAGCAAACAGCAGUGCGAUUCGAAUUCGAUGAUGGAGUACGUGCUACUAAUAGAAUUCAUACCGAAAACGCCAAUCUACCGGCCCGACUAAGCCGAUGUGGGAUGCGCUGGAUGUGGGAAGGACGGCCUUCAGUUCGAUUCCUUUUACCAUUGGGUGUAGAGUUGGUGUGUAGACAGGAGCAAAACAAGCAAACCCGGUAACCGAAAUGCGGAGGAAGAUAGGCAUAGCGCCGGGAAUGCUCGUUUGGUUUCCGGUUGGUAAUGAUCUAAUUAUCGAUAGCGUCUAAUUUACGAUAGUAAAAAUAUAAUAUAUUUUACAUACACACUCGCUAACAACACCCCAUCGCUGCACGAUCCUUUGAGUCAACACAAACAGACGCAGAUUUCGUGUAAACCUUCUUAGUCAAUCAUAUCCAUUGGAUCGUACGGAAGCGUAUCCUUUACGUGUGUCUUUCGUGCUUCGCUACACACGUACGCUUUUUGUUUAACUGGUUCUAUUUUAAUGAGUUUUAGUAACGACAGUAAUAGUGUAAGAUCAAACCAUCAAGCGCAUCAGGCUGAUCAGGCCGCGUGUAACAAAUUUGCACACACAGAGAAAAGAUCGUAAUAGGGAUAAUAAUAACUACAUUAAUGAUAACAAAAAAGAACGUUUAGCGUUUGUAUAGUGUAUAGUGAGUUUUGUGAGUAGUAGGCAGCCCCGGACAUAUGCGACGAAUUCGGAUACAGCUGUUAUUGGGUUUUGGAAAAGAUUGUGUUUUAGGAAGAAGCUGAAAACAGUACGAGUAUUAGCCAAAUUAGUGAAUGCGCAAGACGUUUGUGGAGCGAAAUCCCCGAGAAUAGAUACGCGUUGAAGACCCCGCCGUUCUUUCGUAGCAAAGGGCUUGCGAGUCCGGUCUAGUUGAUCAGAAAUGGCAGUCAUGACUUGGAUAGUGGGUCGCUGCGCUAAGAGGAUGAUUUAGACUUUCAGGCAGAAGGCAGUUUAGUUACCGUUUUCGUGACACGGCAUACAAUACAAAAGAGGGCCACCCUCCGUCAAUCGCAUGUGCCAUCUGCAGUAGGACGGCACUACUUUACGUGAUUUCGAACUUCUGCUUUCUUUAGCUUGCUGUUAUCUGUACCAGAGUUUGAUUUUAGCGAUCUGUUCCACAAAAAUGCUAUGUGAAAAAUCGUUUUCGUUGUGCCUAAAAACGCGUUACGUUAAUACACUUUCCUUAAGGGCCAAAAAAAGAACGAUGUACAGUUUAGAAUAUCACCUCACACGGGCGGAAAGACAGAAGACAGCUUUUUUUUCUUGAUAGUACGCAGUUGCCCGGCCGUCAAUAGCAGGCGUACGUGUACCGGGGAAAAGGUGUUGGAUCGUCACCAAUUCGAAUUCGACGAACAAACGAGUGCGCCUACACGAAUGUACUAGCGCCACACAAGUGAAACAGGUUGAACCGGGAAGAAAAUUAGUGUUAGGCUUUUUAUACAGCAUAGUGUUUACGAGCGAACCCGGAGGACACGAGGUAAUGGAAACUCUAUUAUAUCCCUUCAUCUGCGCUGGGACGAUUGUUAUUUCAUCGAGAAACUGAGUGGACGGGAGGAAAGGCUGAAGCAGUACAAUGCAGUUACAAAACCGUGCGGAAUAAAAUGUUUCGAAAA